AUGACAGUCGUCGCCGAGUCACAGGCCGGCGGGGUGGUAGCAAAGCAGCAGAAUAUCCCCGGCAAUGUGCAAAAGGCCACAUUUGCGGCUGGUUGCUUCUGGGGCGUUGAGCACAUAUACCGUCGACGGUUUGGGGAUGGGAAGGGGCUGCUAGACGCCUCUGUCGGGUAUUGCGGGGGGAAUACCAGGGCUCCUACGUAUCCCCAGGUUUAUACGGGGCAAACUGGCCAUAUAUUGGCUAACCAUUUCUCUUUCAUUACUCUUUGCAUUGGAGCAGACGCCGAAGCCGUCGAAAUAUUAUUCGAUCCAUCUCUAGUUUCCUACCAACAGCUUCUCGAAUUCUUUUACUCCAUGCACGACCCCACGACCAAGGAUAGACAAGGCAAUGAUCAAGGAACACAAUACCGCAGUGCUAUAUUUGCCCAUAAUGAGGAGCAGUUAAAGACUGCCAAAAGCAUAACGGAGCAAGUUGCUAGACGGUGGUGGAAAGCACCUAUAACCACCGAACUUAGCGGUCCCGGUCAGUGGAAGUGGUGGACCGCGGAGGAAUACCAUCAGUUGUAUCUGGAGAAAAAUCCAGAGGGUUACAUGUGCCCAGCUCACUUUGUACGGGACUUUCCCCCUUUAGUGUCCGCAUGA